CUCUCUGAGUUUUCCUCCUUGGUUACAGCGAUCAAGCUCUUUUCCCAUCAAAAUCCUCGCCAUUGUUCAUCCACAACAACGGCCUACACGACCGGAAACGCGUGAAAUCGCGACAAAACCGGAAUCUUGACUUUUAAUUGCCUAUCGCGGCCCGCCUUUUCUCUCUUUACGUGCAGCUCACAGCGAUCCAUAAUCCGCACCUUGACAACCUACUUCGAUUUGCUUACUUUUCACCCUCGAAUACCAAUUUUCAACCAAACCACAGAUCGCCCGCCAAUAUGUCUGCUGAAGAAGAUCUCAUCGACUACUCCGAUGAGGAGCUCAACACCAACGAGACCGCCGCCCCGGCCGCGGACUCGAACGGAAAGAAGGGCGAGCUCGCUGCCGGCGGCAACGUCGACAAGAAGGGCAGUUAUGUCGGCAUCCACUCGACCGGCUUCCGCGACUUCCUGCUGAAGCCGGAGCUCCUCCGCGCGAUUGGUGACUGCGGUUUCGAGCACCCCUCGGAGGUCCAGCAGACAUGUAUUCCUCAAGCCAUGUUGGGAGGAGAUAUCAUCUGCCAAGCCAAGUCCGGUCUCGGAAAGACGGCCGUUUUCGUCCUCACCACCCUGCAGCAGGUUGAACCCGUGGCAGGGGAGUGCUCAGUCCUCGUCAUGUGCCACACUCGUGAACUGGCUUUCCAGAUUCGGAACGAGUACAACCGCUUCUCCAAGUACAUGCCUGACAUCAAGACUGGUGUGUUCUUCGGUGGUACGCCAAUCCAGAAGGAUGCCGAGUUGCUGAAGAACAAGGAGACGCACCCUCACAUCAUUGUUGGAACACCCGGACGACUUAAUGCGCUCGUCCGUGAUAAAUUCCUGCGUCUUAGCAGUGUGCGUAUCUUUGUCCUUGACGAGUGUGACAAGAUGCUCGACCAGAUUGACAUGCGCCGUGACGUGCAGGAGAUCUUCCGUGCUACGCCUCAGCAGAAGCAGGUCAUGAUGUUUUCUGCCACGCUCUCGGAUGAGAUCAAGCCGAUCUGCAAGAAGUUCAUGCAGAACCCGACGGAGCACUACGUCGACGAGGAUACCAAGUUGACGUUGCACGGUCUGCAGCAAUACUUUGUUGCUCUCGAGGAGAAGGAGAAGAACAGGAAGCUCAACGAACUUCUGGAUGAUCUGCAAUUCAACCAAGUCAUCAUCUUCGUCAAGAGCACCCUGCGCGCCACAGAGCUUGACAAGCUUCUGCGCGAGUGCAACUUCCCCUCGAUUGCUGUACACUCGGGUGUCAGCCAGGAAGAGCGUAUUCGCCGGUACAAGGAGUUCAAGGAAUUCAACAAGCGUAUUUGCGUAGCCACCGACGUGUUCGGUCGUGGUAUCGAUAUCGAGCGUAUCAACCUGGCUAUCAACUACGAUAUGCCUGCUGACGCCGACUCGUACCUUCACCGUGUCGGUCGUGCUGGUCGUUUCGGUACCAAGGGUCUCGCCGUCUCUUUUGUUACCAACGACCAGGACAAGGAAGUCCUUACUGCCAUCGAGAAGCGCUUCGAGGUUCCCAUUCCUGAGUUCCCCAAGGAUGGUAUUGACGCAAGCACUUACAUGGCUUCGUAAGGAAUUGACGCGAUUUUUGGUCUCUUUAAUGGGCGGGUGUUCAGGGACGAAAUGAUGGGUUUUCCCCCCUGGCAAUGAUUCCUUACAUCGCUCAGACUUGGUUGCAUGGUUAUUUUUCCUAUGGGAUUGGGAGUCUUCGUCGCAAAUUUAAUCUUGGCCGCGGUGCACGAAAAGUUGUUUUUUUCACACAAAACUGUUAUGGGCAAGGGGGCUCGCAUUUCUCUCUAUCUUCCCCGAGACCCAUUUGCCGAGACUGUAAAAGAUUUCGUGGUAUUAGUGGUUGACGCUACUAGUCACAAAUACGAGGGUUCUGGUCCUUAACAAGAAAUUCUACUUGGAAAUGUGCAAGAUAUUCUAGCCUCCCAUCUACCGAACACAAGACAUGGAGA